AUGGCCCCAUCCCCUUGUAUAAUGAUGAAUCCUAUACAGGGGUCGCCGUCCCAAGACGCCAAACAAGUUCAUCAAAAAGAGGAGGCGGACACGGAGGGCGAGGAGCUUCAGCCUAAAGAUAUGACAACCGAGAAAGGAUACAAACACCAGCGGAGCAGCCUUCCGUUUAGCGUCGAAUCGUUGAUUUCCAAGAAGACCACCUGUCGGACUUCUUACUCCCCCUCAGAUCUGGGGCUGGUGCUGCCGAAGCCCGCGGCGGCGCAGAGCGCACAGUUCUCUCCAAGGACUUUUUACGCGGAGAGAAAGGCUUCGGCAGAGAGCUCGCAGACAGUAUCCACUAGUCCGAGCGACGACAGUCCGCAAUUUUGUGAGAAAGAUCAGAGCACUUGGUUCCAGACGUCCUCCUUUUCUACUCCUCCUCGGAGCUCAAGUCCAACUCAGUGUACUUUAAGGAAACACAAAAACAACAGGAAACCUCGGACGCCCUUCACUACCUCCCAGCUGCUGGCGCUGGAGCGCAAGUUCCGUCAGAAACAGUACCUCUCCAUCGCCGAGAGAGCCGAGUUCUCCAACUCGCUCAACCUGACGGAGACUCAGGUCAAAAUAUGGUUCCAAAACAGGAGAGCCAAAGCCAAGAGACUGCAGGAGGCCGAGUUGGAAAAGUUUAAGCUGGCCUCCAAGCCAGUCCUACCCGCCUUCGCUCUGCCGUUCCCCCUCGGAGCGCACAUGGGAUCCCCAACAUGGGGACCAUCAAACGCCUUCCCGAGGCCCAGCCUGCCCGUCCCGGGACUGUUUAGUGGACCCGUCACUUAUGGGAUGUAUUAUUUGUCUUAGUAUCCUUGUGUUUGCUUUUGUGAACA